AUGAUUUUCAAAGUUUUUUCUAGUUUGAUUCUACUUGUGUUAUGUUCUUUUGCUGUGGAAGCCUUUUCUGUGAAUCAUAAUCACAAUAGUCUCAAGAAGAAUGGAUCUUCUCUUGCUGCUAUAAAAUUUCCUGAACAUCCUAGUUUCAACGUUGUUGCUUCUUCCGAGGACACUGAUUGCGGUUUCUCAAAUUCAGACAAAUUCGGAACUUCAAUGAAAUCAAAUGAAGCUUUUCUAGAUUCAAAUCCACACAAAAAAUCCGUGAAGCUUCACUUGAAACACAUAUCAAUGAGCAAUGAAAUUGAGCCAAAAAGAAAAUCAGUGAUUGAUUACACUGUAAAGGAUUUGACAAGAAUCCAAACUCUUCACACAAGGGUCAUUGAAAAGAAGAACCAAAACACAGUUUCAAGGCUGCAGAAAGCAAAUUCAAAGCAGUCUUAUAAACCAGCAGUUGCUCCGGUGGCGGCGGUGGCGCCGGAAUAUUCGACUCAGCUUGUGGCAACUUUGGGAUCCGGAGUGAGUCUUGGCUCUGGUGAGUAUUUCAUGGAUGUGUUUAUAGGUACACCACCUAAGCAUUAUUCUCUAAUACUUGAUACUGGUAGUGACCUUAAUUGGAUUCAAUGUGUUCCUUGUAUUGCUUGUUUUGAACAAACUGGUCCAUUUUAUGAUCCUAAAGAAUCUAGUUCUUUUGAGAAUAUAACCUGUCAUGAUCCUAGAUGCAAACUAGUUUCAUCACCAGAUCCACCUAGGCCUUGUAAAGAUGAGAAUCAAACCUGUCCUUAUUUCUAUUGGUACGGUGAUAGUUCGAACACAACCGGUGAUUUCGCAUUGGAAACUUUUACGGUUAAUCUCACAACUAGUGAAGGAAAUUCAGAGUUCAAACAUGUCGAAAAUGUGAUGUUCGGUUGUGGUCAUUGGAAUAGAGGACUAUUCCAUGGUGCUGCUGGUUUGUUAGGAUUAGGGAGAGGACCUUUAUCUUUUGCUUCUCAGCUUCGAUCUAUCUAUGGUCAUUCGUUUUCGUAUUGUCUCGUGGAUAGAAACAGCGAUUCGAGUGUUAGUAGCAAGUUGAUAUUCGGCGAGGAUAAGGAACUUCUUAGCCAUCCGAAUUUGAAUUUCACUUCUUUCGUUGGUGGCGAAGAGAAUUCGGUUGAUACAUUUUAUUACGUCGGGAUAAAAUCUGUCAUGGUUGAUGGCGAAGCGUUGAGUAUACCAGAAGAAACUUGGCGUUUAUCAGAAGAAGGUUCUGGUGGUACAAUAAUUGAUUCUGGAACAACUUUAACUUAUUUUGCUGAACCGGCUUAUGAGAUUAUUAAAGAAGCUUUUAUGAAGAAGAUUAAGGGUUAUGAAAUUGUUGAAGGCUUUCCUCCUCUAAAGCCAUGUUAUAAUGUUUCAGGAAUUGAGAAAAUGGAGUUACCAGAUUUUGGGAUUUUGUUCUCAGAUGGAGCAAUGUGGGAUUUUCCUGUUGAGAAUUACUUUAUACAGAUUGAAUCUGAUAUUGUUUGUUUGGCUAUUUUGGGGACUCCUAGGUCUGCUCUUUCGAUUAUUGGAAACUAUCAGCAGCAAAAUUUUCAUAUACUUUAUGAUAUGAAGAAAUCUAGACUCGGUUACGCACCGAUGAAGUGCGCUGAUGUUUAA